UUGAGCCUCCCACGUCUCCUCUCGGGCUCGCUCUGGUCGAAGGCGGGCGGGCGGGCGCCAAGCUGCUGGCCAUGCCACUGAAACACUAUCUCCUUUUGUUGGUGGGCUGCCAAGUCUGGGGUGCCGGGUUGGCCUACUAUGGCUGCCCUAGUGAAUGUACCUGCUCCAGGGCCUCCCAGGUGGAGUGCAGCGGGGCGCGCAUUGUGGCAGUGCCCACUCCUCUGCCCUGGAACGCCAUGAGCCUGCAGAUCCUCAACACGCACAUCACCGAACUCAACGAGUCCCCAUUCCUCAAUAUCUCGGCCCUCAUCGCCCUGAGGAUUGAGAAGAAUGAGCUAUCCCAAAUCAUGCCCGGUGCCUUCCGCAACCUGGGCUCGCUGCGUUACCUCAGCCUCGCCAACAACAAGCUUCAGGUUCUGCCUAUCGACCUCUUCCAGGGCCUGGACAGCCUUGAAUCGCUCCUUCUGUCCAGCAACCAGCUGGUGCAGAUCCAGCCGGCACACUUCUCCCAGUUCAGCAACCUCAAGGAGCUGCAGUUGCAUGGCAACUACUUGGAAUACAUCCCUGAUGGCGUUUUUGACCACUUGGUGGCCCUCAACAAGCUCAAUCUGUGCAAGAACAGCCUCACCUACCUCUCGCCCAGGAUCUUCCAGCGCCUGGGCAACCUCCAAGUCCUCCGGCUGUGUGAGAACAGGCUCUCAGACAUCCCCAUGGGCACUUUUGAUGGGCUGAGCAACCUCCAAGAGCUAUCCCUGCAGCAAAACCAGAUCGGAGUGCUCUCCCCCGGCCUCUUCAACAACAAUCGUAACCUCCAGAAGAUCUAUCUGUCCAACAACCACAUCUCCGAGCUGCCCCCCGGCAUCUUCAUGCAGCUGCCCCAGCUCAACCGACUCACGCUCUUUGGGAAUUCCCUGAAGGAGCUCUCUCCAGGGGUCUUUGGGCCCAUGCACAACCUUCGAGAGCUUUGGCUCUACGACAACCACCUCACUUCCCUACCUGACAACAUCUUCAACAACCUCCGCCAGUUGCAGGUCCUGGUCCUCAGCCGCAACCAGAUCGGCUACAUCUCUCCCGGCGCCUUCAACGGGCUGGGAGAGCUGCGGGAGCUGUCCCUCCACACCAAUGCGCUGCAGGAGCUGGACGGGAACGUCUUCCGCAUGUUGACCAACCUGCAGAACAUUUCCCUGCAGAACAACCGCCUCAGACAGCUCCCAGGGAAUAUCUUCGCCAAUGUCAACGGCCUUAUGAACAUCCAGCUGCAAAACAACCAGCUAGAGAACCUGCCAGUGGGUAUCUUCGAUCACCUGGGGAACCUAUGUGAACUUCGACUCUAUGACAACCCCUGGAGGUGUGACUCAGGCAUCCUUCCUCUCCACAAUUGGCUCCUGCUCAACAAGCCCAGGUUGGGGACAGACACCCUCCCGGUGUGUUUUAGCCCGGCCAGUGUCCGGGGCCAGUCCCUCAUCAUCAUCAACGUCAACAUUGCUGUUCCCAGUGCCCAAGCCCCAGUGACCCCUGAGGUGACCAGCUACCCAGAAACGCCAAAGUACCCAGAAACUUCCAGCUAUCCUGAAACCACUUCCAUCUCCUCCGUCACUGAGUCCACCAGCUCCGUGGAGGACUACACCGAUCUGACCACCAUCCAGGUCACUGAUGACCGCAGCACGUGGGGCAUGACCCGGGCCCAGAGCGGGCUGGCCAUUGCUGCCAUUGUCAUUGGCAUCAUUGCCCUGGCCUCCUCCAUCGCUGCCUGCAUCUGCUGUUGCUGCUGUAAGAAGAGGAGCCACGCAGUCCUGAUGCAGAUGAAGUCACCCAAUGAGUGUUAAAGAGGCAGACUGGAGGCAGGGCUGGGGAAUGGUGGGACCACUGGAGCAUCUGGGAAUUUCAUCCUUCGACCUUCACCCCUGGGUCCACAGAGCCAUCCCCUGCUCCCUCUCUCUGGUCCCUGAGAGGAAGGCACCCUCACCUUUUCCUGACCUGCUCUUGCAGGACCUUCUUACCACCAGAGAGAUCUGACCCUGCAGGGUUUCCAAUUCACAUUCCUGGGCUUCUUUCAACAACCUCCAAAGCCUCACCAGCUCUCCUUUGGGAACAACCUUCCCUGUGCCCAUGCCCCUGCUGGCCUCUGUAGACACACUUAUUCCAUGCCUGUUCACUUUAUGGAAAUAGUUCUCCACCGGGACAGCCUCUCUCCCGAGUAUUCUGUAAGUUGAUUUUCUUUUUUUGCUCCUUUUAUUGUUUGUGGCAUGGCUCCCCCCGUCACUUCAGAUGAAGUUCUCCUUUGAUUUUCUGCACCUGAAGGCAAGGUGAGCUCUGUCCUCAAGGAAGGCUUCAACCCAUUUAACUGGUUUCUUCAGAACUGCCACGCACCCUGGUUCUCAGGAUGCUGUGAAAGAGAGAGGAGAACAUGAUGCUGCUCAGUCCCUAGAGACAGAGCCAUCAUCAGGAUCCCCCAUGAUUUUUAUCUGGAAAAGGAAGUGAAACCAGUUCAGCCUUUUAGAGGAUGGUAUUUCCAAGCUGCAAACUUAGCUUUACAUUUUUCAGUCUUUAAGAAAUAAAAUCAUGUAGAAUUUCUGACCUGUAACAAUGCUAAAAUCAGCUUAUUGGUACCGGAUGGAGAAAGCAGCCUGGUACCUGGGGGUUCUUGUGUCUACCCCUAGGGUUUGUCUCUUUUAACUGUUUAUUGAAGGGAAACAUGCAUGCCGAGCACAAACGUGUAUGGCUUGAUGGAUUUUCACAAACUGUACACGCCCUGUAACAGUGUCCUGAUCAGCAAACAGGAUAUCACCAGUAUCCUCUAUCGCAGUCGUUUACUGAAGAAGACGGGUUUAUGGAGACAGCAUGGACUUGCCCGGGAACUGGCUCCCCCUGCGCCAGGAUGGUCCCUCUGCUUCUCCCUCCCCCUCAGUCAGCCCUUGUGAAGGCCCAGCUGCCAGAGUGGAGAAGAUGUGGGUAUAUGCUUGCCUGGACAGAAGAUUUUAUUAAAUUCUCAGAUCCUGAGGCUCCCAGAUUGUCCAGGCCAGAAGCAACUCAGCUAUAGAGGCCCACACAACCACGCAUCCUUCUCCACCAACAAGAUGUCUGCUUGCUGUUCAUUGGAGGCCCUUCUGCCUGGACCUUUUCAUGGGCAUGAUACACCUAUAUACCUAUGUCUGUUUUUAAUUUUCACUCUCCAUUUGGAGGAAGUGAAAUACCUCAGAGAUGAGAUCCUUUAAUUGAACAUCCAAGUGUAAUGGAACCCAGCAAUCCCUGGAAUGUGGUGGUGAAAUUCUCCAUCAGCAUUACAGUCAGCUAGAAACAGAAUGUCAGAAUUCUUAUACAGAGCAGGAAACACCAGGAUACACUGAUAAGUCACACUGGGCCUGGGGCCUCUCUGGAGCCACUCUGACCCGUGGUCUGGUUAUAAGUGUUAUUUGGUCCAAGGUUAUUCUCCCCCUUGAGUUAUAAUCAUAUGAAUACCUGCCCUUGCCACCCUUCCUGCUACAUACAUAUUCACUCUGGUAAAUAAAUUAUGCUUAUAGCAAUGGACAUCUUUCUCUGGACAACUGGUCUACCAGUUUAGAAGUAAAAGUUCUAAAUGGAGAAUUUCAAGUGUCCAUGUUUGCUCAGGAAAGAGCUAUAGCCAACACUAUAAAGAUUUGGAAAUCUUCCAUCAAUCCUGAUUGCCUCUUACAGGUUCCCUCUGCUCCAUAAGACAAGUAAAGAAAUCUCUUGGGGCUUCAGCAGAAUGAUGCUGACAGGUUCCCCCCAAAAAAGGGUCGAGGAAGGGAUGCGCCUAAGAACUAGCGCUCUUGGUAGCUUCUUACUCUCUGUUCCAGGGAAUCUGUGAGUGAUAGGGCCUGUCAGAGGCAAAAGACAUCAUCUCCCCAAGGUAAAUCUAAGUUUCCAAAAAGUUUUCAAAAUAUUUGUAGCAACUGGUUGAUGUGUACCAAGGCUUGCUGGGGCCUGACAGUAAGUGAGCUCAGAGCUUGGGGCAUGACCAUCAUUCCACCAAUGGUAGUCUGUAUCCGGGGGCCAAAGAGGGAAGCUCAGCCUGCUCUGCUUCAAGCAGGAAGCAUGGUUUGGCACUGCAUUCCUCAAGUUCCUCCCUAUGAGCCACCUCUACUGUCUCCUUGAGCAAAAGCGCUACUGGGCCAGAGGUGGCAGAGCGGUGAGGAAGGAUUCCUCUUCAUCCAGUGUGUCCUGCCACUCUGAUCCCAGAACCCUGGGUGCUUCCAGCAUUGGCUGUGACAUUGGAGUACCUCCCUCUCUGGCCCACGAUACCAACAUGUGUUCCCAGGCCAAAGGCUGGCCUGAGGGCGGCUGUGCUCAGAUGACCCCACCCAGGAGCACUCCAGGUGGGGGGUGGUAGACCCUUUACCUGACCUUCCGAGUUUGCCUGUUCCUUUCUCCCAUCAGAGUGGAUUGGAUGGAGCCAUCCAGCCUCCUGUUCUUUGGCAGGUCUUUUGGCCUCUGAGCCAUGUUGUCUGGUCUGGGAGCUGCCAGAAAAGCUGAGUAGUUUCCUUUCCAACAGGACGACGCAUUUGCUCACUUCUCAGGGCUGGAGUGAGCCACUUGGCACCCCUAGAAUAGAGAGAGGGUACAGAGUUCACUUCACUUCCCCCCCUCUGCUCAUGAGCUUCUCGGACACCUUGCUGGUACCAGUAGACUGCAUUUGGAGCAGAGGGUCAAUGUUGGAGGAAAAAUAAUAAAAGCCAGUGAGAACCACUGUUUUCCAAAAGUGCUUACUGUGCAUAGCUACCCUUGAAAGCACUUAACAGUCAUUUUCUUUUUAAUCCUCACAAUACCCCCGUGCAUGAGUGCUACCUUAUCCCCUGUGAUGGGGUCUUAAACUGCCCUUUUUCUGCAACAUUUUCCUUCUCUCUUCAAACUUUGUACAAGACCUUGUGGCCUGUACUGGGCUUUCAUCAUUGAACCAAAGAAAAUGGGAGUCAGUCUCCUGUUGUUCCCCAGAGUCUUAGCCACGGAAACCUCACUUGGCACUGUGCGGAUCAAAAACUUGGUAAAUGCAGGGGAAAAUUAAACUCAUCCAUCCGUCAAAGAAAAAUUGGCCCCUCUCAUGGAAAUUGUUGGGCUGUGUGUAUCUUGUUCCCUUCUUUAGAAUUCAAAGGCACAACACAGUUCUCAGAACUCUUAAUGGGCGACAGUUUCCACAACCUUCUAGAUGUCAGUGUAGAGCAGUUACAGGAAUCUAGUUCUAAACUCAGGAAGCUGAUGGGGAGCGGACAGCUAGAGAUAACUAGAUAACUAGAGUAGGUAGGCAGAGAGUAGAUGCAUCCCAGCCUUUAGCUGCUAACCUCUCAAAGAAUUCAGCCCACGGAUCCCACAGUCAGAACUGAGUCCUGGUUGUUGGGAAGGCGGUGGUGGUCUUGGGGAGGAAGCCAUCACAGAGCGGGCGGGUGGGUGUCCUCCAGGCCAAGCUCCUCCCAGUCUGUGCUUUCUCCUUCACCUAAGGAUGCAUCGUUCUCACCAACCCAUUGCCUUCAUGCUGCCUUCAAAAGUAGACCGUGUUUGCCUUGCUUAGAGAAUAAUUGCAAAUAGUCCCAGGAGUUUGGUGAUGCAUUUAGAGAUUUCUAGGCCCCUGGGGUUUUAUACAGUGUGAGCCCUGGUGGGCAGGGUUGGGGGUCCAUCUUUGCUGGGCUCUGUCUUUGCUGAAUACUGCUUGUAACAAAUUUGGUGUACAGAAUCAACAAUAAAUGGCUUACACAGGA